GUGUGCGUGCAACAGGUUCCCGGUGUCCCGCUGUGAUGGAGCGCUGGAGGGGCAGAGUGGCUCUGGUGACCGGAGCUUCGGUCGGGAUCGGGGCGGCCGUAGCCAAAGAGCUGGUCCGCCACGGGAUGAAGGUGGUGGGCUGCGCCAGGAACGUGGACAAAGUCCAGGAAGUGGCAGCAGAGUGUAACAAAGCAGGCUACACUGGUGUUUUGGUGCCUAUCAAGUGUGACUUGUCCAAAGAGGAGGAGAUUCUGUCCAUGUUUGCAGCCAUCAAAGCGGAGCACAAAGGCGUGGAUGUUUGCAUCAACAACGCCGGACUGGCUCAUCCGGAUCAGCUGUUAAAUGGCAAAACCAGCGGCUGGAAGACCAUGCUGGAUGUGAACGUGAUUGGGUUGUCCAUCUGCACACGUGAAGCGUAUCAGUCGAUGAAAGAAAGAAAUGUUGAUGACGGGCACAUCAUCCACAUAAACAGCAUGAGUGGACAUCGCAUAACUCCAAUGGCGGAUGUGCACUUCUACAGCGCCACCAAGUACGCAGUGACCGCCCUGACCGAGGGCCUGAGGCAGGAGCUGCGUGAAGCCAAGAGCCACAUCCGGGCCACAUGCAUCUCUCCUGGCGAUGUAGCGACAGAAUUUAUUCCGCGAAUCUACAGCCACGAUCCAGAGAAAGCCGCGGCUUCCUACACUCGAUUUACGCCUCUGGAAAAAUUAGAACAUCCAGUGUGCUCGACGACUGUUGGACUCUCCGUCAUCUCUUCUCGGUCUUUUGCAGGUUCCUGGUGUCCCGCUGUGACACGCAGAGUGGCUCUGGUGACCGGAGCCUCGGUCGGGAUCUGUUCUGUUGUGGUGUGA